AUGUUGACAUGUGACCAUCCAGUUCCUCCAGAUCGGUACAACGAUAGGGUGGAGGAGCACUUACGAGUUACUGGGUUUUAUCAUGCAUCUCAGAUCGGUGUAGUACAAUGUCAGAAGGCACUGGUCAAUGCUCUAAUCGAACGGUGGCACCCAGAUACACAUACAUUUCACCUUUCCAUUGGUGAAUGUACUGUGACACUUGAAGAUGUGGCUCUAAUUCUUGAUCUUCCGACGGAUGGUCUUCCUGUCGCAGGGAUGACAAUGAGUAGCUUCGAAGCCUUGAAGGCGGAGUGUUUGCAUCAAUUUGGAGUUGCAUCACGUGUGCACUGGAAGUAUCUACCAUUGCUUCGUGAUUUUUCCAAUAUUGAACAGUAUAAUUGGGGAUCGGCAUGCCUAGCACACCUCUACAGGGGGUUAUGCAGGGCAUCUCGUUUUAACUGUAAGGAAAUAAAUGGUCCACUAAUACUCCUGCUCGGUUGGGCUUGGAUCCGACUGCCAUAUCUAUCGCCGCUUCCCAGGGAACCCCGCAGUUUUUCGCUAGUAAACAGGUGGCGUAACUGGGAGCGUGGUGACCGACGAUAUAGAUAUAUGAAUCUAGCUCACUUUAGGAAGGCCUUUGAUGAACUUCAGGAAGGCUAUUUUGUGUGGGUUGCUUAUGCUGUGGAUCGCGUGGAUCCGAACAUAAUACCUGCUGAAAUCUACAUGCAGUCGGUUGUGUGGAGUGCUACAGUUUCAUUGGUGUCGUUUGAAUGUAUUGAGUGGCAUGCUACCGAUAGGUAUAGGCGACAGUUCAGUUUCGUUCAGGGAGUACCUCAUCAAGAGCGGAAUCUGGACAAGGCGCAUGGAGAAUUCCUGACUAGUCCUAAGAAUCUUAACUGGGCCACGACACCGAGUCAUUCAAUUUGGGUGAUGCAUUGGACAAACAGGUAUAACUACGUUCUUUCUGAGCUUCCCAUGCCUUCACAGCAUUCAUUGAAAACUUACAUGUAUUGGUACCGGUCAAAAUUUGGGGACCGCUUGAACUUGUCAAAUCUUGUGGGUGAAGACAAUGAUGAGGGUAAUCAGGAUAUGGAUGAGGGUAACCAGGAUAUGGAUGAGGAUAGUCAGGAUGCGGAUGAUGACAAUGAGAAACAGGAGCCAUAG